UAAUUAUCCGAUGAAAUAUAGAUGUUUUUUUCCGCCAAGUGGGCAUUCCCAGUAAUGCCGACCAAGUCAAUUGGAAUGAACGGGACUUCGCGACUAGCUAAGGCGCUCUGCGUAUAGCUAACCUAUAAUGGUAAAUUUGGAAUCACUGUGAACAACGUGACGCGUCAGCGCCAGCUCUGCACCAGCCGGGUCCAGGGGAGCCACAGCUGAAGAGCUGAGAAACUGGGGAUUUGACUGGCAGCUGGUACACCAUUAAGGGAGGAGAGAGAGGCGGCUGGGCAGUGGGGUCGACGAACCUAGCUGGCGCUGGAUGAAUGCUGCCUGGCGAGGACAAGGGUUGAGGCGGCAGCAGCAUCAACUUGAAAAGGAGCAUGGCAUCCACAGGCAUGCAGAUAUUUGGAUUUGUUCUAGCGCUGUUGGGCAUCAUGGGUGCUAUGGUGGCCACUCUGCUGCCUAACUGGAAGGUCAGCGCAGAUGUGGGCUCCAACAUCAUCACAGCGAUUUCCCAGAUGCAAGGUCUGUGGAUGGACUGCACAUGGUACAGCACAGGUAUGUUCAGUUGCACACUUAAGUAUUCUGUGCUUUCACUACCUGCGUACUUGCAGACUGCCCGCACCACUAUGGUGCUCUGCUGCGUAAUGGCUGCCAUGGGCCUCUGCCUUGCAUCCCUUGGGCUAAAAUGCACACGAUGGGGAGGUGGACGGCGCUCCAAGCGGCAUGCUGCGAUUGCCAGUGGUGGCUGCUUUGUCGCUGCAGGCUUUCUGUGUCUGGUACCUGCUUCCUGGUUUACCAACGAGGUCAUCACCAACUUUCUGGACUCCAGUGUGCCCGAGAGCAAUAAGUUUGAGCCUGGGGGUGCUGUGUACGUGGCCUUUGUUUCAGCAGGAUUCCUGUUUGUGGGGGGGUCCAUCUUCUGUAUGUCCUGCUCGGGGAAAAGGCAUGGCCCCCAGGACCUGGUCCUGCUCCCUCCCCCUGACAAAUUGCUGCUCCAGCAGCAGCAGCAACAGCUGCUUCAGCAGCAGCAGGAGCUCCAGCACCAGUACUGCUCUCUCUCCCCAUUAGACAAUAAGACUGGCUACAGCCUGCAGGACUAUGUGUAAUAAAGCAGCGCUGUGUAUGCUACGGCUUAAAGGGAGACGAGCCUGAGGGGAAACCAUCACGGCUAAUGCUACACACUUGGCUCCACUUCAGAUGGAGAUGGAGAAAAAAUGAGAGGAGAGCAACAACUUUUAAUUCCUUUUCCCGUCUCCUUCUUGCUCUUUACCCUUUUCUGUUUCGCAAGCACAAGCAGUGGAGGUAUUCCCUAAGCAGCACCUUGGAACAAACAGUGUGAAUGUGUAAGGACCCGGGAUAAGGUGCUGCAGCAUCGAAGGAAGCCGCUAACCAAAUGCAGACAUCCUUCAUCAGUAAAAUCACAGAAUGAGUUCCCUGGGGAAUGGAUUAAGCAAAUAAGGAAGCCUUCAGUGUAGAUUUCUUUUCCUCGCCAAAGCAAAAGAAAAAAAAAGCAAUCAUUUAGCUGCUAUUUACAAUCGUCUGGUACCCUUUUCGAUUGACAAAAUAGGCAAUAUAAUGCCUUAGAAACCUUUUCAUAGCAAGCCAUUGUAGUUUUUCGUAUACUUAUCCACUAGAAUGCUACGAAAAAUUGAUUGAAAUGAAUAUUUUUGUUAGCUACUAGAAUGAUGUUGAUAUUUUGCCUCUCAAGCAUGCUGUGUGGAGCCUGUCUGUGUAUUAAUACAGCGGCAUGCCUGGUAGAAGACUGAGACAUAGCCACAAAAUGCCUGUGCCUGGAAAGCUGUAGAAACAUUACCCUGCUGUAACUGUUUAAAGAGGACUGUCAGGAGGAGUAGAUUUGGACUGCUGGGCUGGAUUGAAGACAGAAAAUGCAGACAAACAGUUGCCUGCUUCUCUCUCUGCAGGUGGAAAUAUGAGAGAGAUGGAGAGAAAUUGACAGAAAGAGAUUCAAUCCCUAAGCAGAAUGGACUAUUUGAUGUGCUGUUUUUUUAAAUAUUUCCAUCAAGACAAAAACAUACUGCCUGUAAGAAGCAGCUACCCAUUCUAAUCCAUCUACCGAUUCCUUCACACCCUCAGACAUGCACACCCGCAUACUUACUCGUGCUCUCGUGCCUGUUUGUGUAUACAGUAAACACUCAGACACGCCGGCUUUUUGCAUGUGCUUUUCACUCCAGUCAUCCUCCUCCGCACUGCCAUGGAAACAGAAUUCAGCAUCUGUAUUGUCUGGGGGUAUGUGGAUGUCAGUCAGCGAUUUGAAGUUGUUUAGGGGGGCAUUUUUUUCUCUAGGCAUGGCGCUAGAAGCUUUAUUCAGGGCCUUUGCUAACACUACUUUUGCCAAUCCCCUUUAUUAGCAAGUGAUAUGAGGCAGCAUCCCUGUUACAUGGUUUUGGAGAAUGCUCUUCUUUGCUGCCCACUGCUAUGGUGUAUAUACCAUGCGAGUAGUCUCAGAGAUAAAUGGAUGUUUAAUGGUGCAGUGGCAGGGAGGCGAAGACGAGGCAGAUAAGGGGAAGCUUCUUGAGUCAUGGUCGACUGGGUAGCUGUGUGGCAGGCAGCUUAAAAAAGGUUUGAGUCAUUCUCCAUAUGUGACUUGUUUUCCAAGUGCGUCAGCAGUGUGCAUAUGCUACCAGUCUGCACCUGCAGAAAGUCUCAGUGUCUUAAAUUGCAGCCACUUGACUAUGCCACCAUUCCUUUUUUUUCCCCCUCACUCCUGCUGUCCGGUUAUUGUCACGUCACAUGGAUGUGAUCGCUGGCAAGAGAGAGCUUAUGCAUGUUGAAAGCAUGGGCGCCCCAACACACAAGCACACAUCGACAAAACUCCCACCUAGUCAUGUCAGCAGCACUGUUACGCUUUCAGACAGUAAUGUUCCAGAGGGAUAACUGAUAUUUUCAUGCUUAAGACGGGCCUUGGCAGUGAUGUAUAGAACUGCACAUUCUCUCCUUCUCUCUCAUAAACAUGCAGCUUCCUGGGGGAGAGCAGAUGGCUAAGCCCAGCUCGCCACCUGCAGGCUGCUGUCGCCACGGGCAUCUCUGUGGGCACCACUGCCGGCCCUGGCAGCCCUCUGGGACCAGGUUUCCAUCCCACCCUGACUUAGCCAUCUUGCCCAGCACAGACCAUAGCCGACAGAACUGGCUUCCUGACAAAAACUGCCCAGGCACCAUAACCAAUGCAAUAAACAAAGAAGAAUGUGCCAUGUCAUUGACUAAUACUGACACGUUAUGUGUUUCGAGAAUGUGCCAAAUCGUUUCAUGAUGACAUGUUUUAAUACUUUCUGGAGUUCUGUCUGUUUAUUUUUUUUUGCGUUGUUUGUACAUGAAUUAUACAUCAGCAAAUGUUUUAUGGAUUUGUGAUUUGUUCUGCCAGACUAAGUCUUAAGUCAACUAGAUGCUUGUGUACAGUCCAGUGCAGCUUUUGAGGGUUAUUUCAAAUCCACUUUAUUCCUCAUUUCCCAAAGCACAGCAAGACUUCACCGCGAUGAGAGUUUCACUGGAAAGACACGAGUGUGGUAUUUUCUAAAUGUAUUUGUUUCAGGAAUUCUGGUUCACUCCAAGUCUGUGACAACUGUACACAAGUAUCUAGGCUUUCAAGGUGUUUUUUUUCACUGAGGGAUCAGGACUCCCUCAGAUUGUUUAUAUAUAAAAUACGAUAUCAUGUUCAUACCAUAUCUUCUUUAUAAGAAGACUACUCAGUGCACCUUUGCUUGUGUUACUUUAUUUGACAGCUGUUUGUUUCAAACGCCUGUGCAUUCCAAGCUCCCUGGACCAGUACAAAUACAUAACACUAUUGGCACUCUGGAAGAAAAAAAAAAAAAAA